AUGUGUUUCACGUGUUUACGCGCAACCGUGAGGUCAUUUCUGAAGUGGAAUUCCACGCCGUGCGUUUGGAUUACUUACCCAGAGAUGAUCCUUAUUCCAAUACUGUGGUUUUUAUCCCAGGCUCGUGCAGCCCCCUCGCUAACGACAGAGCAGAUGGAUAUGGGGGUGGACUGGCUAAGUAAGUUUGGCUACCUUCCCCCUCCUGACCCUGUGAAUGGACAGCUGCAGACCAAGGAAGCUUUGACCAAGGCCAUUAAAGCCAUGCAGAAGUUCGGAGGUCUGGAGGAAACUGGAGUGUUAGAUCAGGCAACCUUAGGCUUGAUGAAGACGCCACGUUGCUCACUGCCAGACAUGUCAGAGCCAGAAGCAGCAGCUGGUCGUAGAAGGCGAGCUCUAGCCCCCAAAACCAAGUGGAACAAAAGACACCUGUCUUGGAGGGUACGGACUUUCCCUAAGGAAUCAGCUGUUCUGGGCAGAGACACUGUUCGCGCUCUCAUGUACUACGCUCUGAAGGUCUGGAGCGAUAUUGCACCGCUCAACUUUCACGAGGUGGCGGGUAACGAGGCCGACAUCCAGAUCGACUUCACCAAGGCAGACCACAACGACGGCUACCCUUUCGACGGGCCCGGUGGCACCGUGGCCCAUGCCUUCUUCCCCGGUGAACGCUUUACCGCCGGAGACACCCACUUCGACGAUGACGAAGCGUGGACCUUCAGAUCUCCAGAUUCUCAUGGGAUGGAUCUGUUUGCAGUGGCAGUCCACGAGUUUGGUCAUGCUAUUGGCCUCGCUCACACAUCUGCGAUAGAGUCCAUCAUGCGGCCAUACUACCAGGGCCCGGUGGGCGACCCGCUCAAAUACGACCUCCCGUACGAGGACAAAGUUCGAGUUUGGCAGCUCUACGGGGUGCGGGAUUCUGUAUCACAUACUGUUCGGCCUGACGACCCCUCUCGCACUGCUGAACCACCGGUUCUACUUGAUCUUCCAGAGAACAGAUCCACUAUCCCACCAGACCGUGAUGCCCCAGACAGAUGCAGCAGCCACUUUGAUGCAGUGGCACAGAUUCGAGGGGAGGCCUUCUUUUUUAAAGGGAAGUACUUCUGGCGCUUGACACGGGAGAAGCACUUGGUCUCUCUGCGGCCGGCUCAGAUCCAUCGUUUUUGGAGAGGUCUGCCUGCCAAUCUGGACAGUGUGGAUGCUGUGUACGAGAGACCAGGAGACCAUAAGAUUGUAUUUUUCAAAGGGGUGAAGUACUGGGUGUUCAAGGACAACAAUGUGGAGGAUGGAUAUCCAAGGCCUAUCAGUGAUUUUGGUUUGCCCUUGGAGGGUGUAGAUGCUGUCUUUGUCUGGCUACACAAUGACAAGACCUACUUCUUCAAAGACAACCGUUACUGGCGCUACGAUGACCACUUGCGACGUAUGGACCUGGGUUACCCCAAGGACAGUACGUUAUGGAAGGGAAUCCCACCACACCUGGACGAUGCCAUGAGAUGGUCUGACGGUGCUUCUUACUUCUUCAAAGGAAAGGAGUACUGGAGAGUAAUGGGCAGUGAUAUGGAGGUGGAGGCUGGUUAUCCAAGACCCAUCGGUAAAGACUGGUUGGUUUGCACAGAGAUGCAGUCGGACUCGCCAGAGAGAGGAGCCAACAGAACAGAAACACGGCUGCACGGGCAGCACCACGCUGACCACGCCGAAAACGGCUAUGAGGUGUGUUCGUGCACCUCGGACUCGGCCUCACCCCUGGGUGCGCGGCCCUCGCUCUCCCCUGCCUGGGUGCUGGCGCCGCUGUGGACGCUCUCCGUAGCCCUGUCAGCGGCACCCCUAUGA